UUGUAUUUUUUUCUUCUCUCACAUUUAAGUUGAUUUAUUAAUUGUUUCUCUUUAAUUUUUGUGUAAUUUUGAUUUUGUGGAGUUUUUGUUGCUCUCUCUCUCCCUGUUUUCGUUUCUUGGUUGCAUUUUUAUUAUCGGUUUUAAUGUGAUUUUCUUGCUUAUGUUGAUUAUGUUUAUUUUGUCUUCUAAAUUUAAUUGUAAUCCUUUGGCUCUCAUCAAUUGGUUAGUCUUUCAGAUGAGUGAUAUUGGUUAAAGGUUUGUCUCUCUCUCUCUCUCUCUAUUUCUCUCUGGUCUUUCCUGGUUCUCCCCAAGCAAAAGUGUAAAGGCGCAAGGGAAGUACAACAACUACAGAUAUGAUCGUAAUGGGUUUUUUUAUAUAAUCACAAACUGUACUUUAAUCGAUCAAAAAGGUUUUCUGUUAUGAUCUGGGUAAAUCACUGUUGUCAACAUUAAUUGGAUUGUGACCUCAAACUGUCUGAUUAUUCUCGAUUUUUAGAACUCUAUUAAUUUUGGUAAAUUCGAUGAAAUUCAAGGUUAAUCUUAAUACUUAAACAAUUCAGUGUCAUCUUUAAGGUGACUUUAAUCACGAAAUGGACAACUCAGUAAUUGCUCGAAGUGGAUGGUUAAUUAGAAGAGUUAGCGGGAAAGAUUGGAGGAAAAAUUGGAUUGAAUUGUAUCGAGAUGGUUAUUUAAAGUAUUACGAAAAUGAUUACAGUCCAAAUCCAGAAGAUGUAAUUAAUAUGCCCACUGAGUGUAUAUCAAUUAAAACAGGUCUUCAGGUUGAGGAAAGUUAUUGUCCACCAAGUGGCCAUUCAUCUCAAUGUGUAUUUGCUGUAGCAGCUUCUGGCAAUAAGAAAUGGAUAUUCUGUGCAGAUACUCCCGAUGACAUGAGAGCUUGGCAAUUGGCUCUGGAACAAGCUCGUCUUCUCAUUUCUAGGCCACCUCAUCAUCAUACUCAUCAUCAUCAUGUUCCUCAUCAUCCCCAUGGGCAUCAUCCUCAUCACCCUGGUUAUCCUUUCAAUCAUCCAUCGAUCAUACAUUCCAUGAGAUUAGCUGGUUUACCUAAUUCAACUCUCGAGGAAUAUCAUCGUCUCAAUCAAUAUACUCAACUUCAACAUAUGAUAAAUUCACGAACUUUACCGCUCACAUUCAACCCAAAUGAUCCAAGAUCAACUUCAACAUAUCCUCUUAAUUUACCACCACCAACAUUACCUCCUUCAUCAUCAUCAUCAUCGUCAUCUCGACCAUCAAAUGUUUCCGAACAAUCAGUUAACAGUACAACAAUUUCUACAUCAAAUUCAUCAUCAGCUCAACCUUUAGCAACAACAACAUCAAUUUUUCCUAUUCCAGUGCCACCACUAUCAACACAACAUUCAUCGGCAUCUUCAGCCGGACCACCUCGACUUCCUUGUUUUAAUUUUAAUUUUGGCAACCCGAAUGAACCUUUGCCAAGACCUGGACCUUUAUAUCCAGCAAUGAAUCAAUCAACAAGCCUACCACCAACUCCUCUCUCACCGCAAUCAAGAAUCUUUCCAUUCCCUGAGCAAGAUGUUAGAAAUUUUAAUAUUGAUGUAUUAACUAAUCCUGAUGCUCGUCUUGGUGCAAACAGACUAGUCUGGCCUCCGUUUAUUUGGUGGUAACUUUGGAUUAAAAAUAUUGACAUGAAGACUGAUUAAUUUAAAAACCAUCACUAUUGUUUCUUUUUCUAUUUUCCAUUUGAUUGUCAAUUUGUGUUCAAGUAAGAUUAACAAACUGUUAAUCAACAAGUUUGGCUAUUAAUCUGAUCACCACUUGUUUACUCACAAGGGUAAAUGUAAGUGAUAAUAAUGAUAAAUAAAUUAUCACUCGUGAAAAUGAUUAACAUGGCUAUUGAGAAUAAUUGCCAAGUGACAUUUUCUUCAAUUUGUUCAGAUGCUGAUUGAUUCAAGUAACAGAAGUUCAAUCACUUUUAAAUUGAUUUAAUUUCCACAGAAAUUCGUUAAUAAAAAAAUUUUGUCUAUA